CAGAGUUAAGAUGCACAUUACAAACCAUUACAUGUACUGAACAACUGCUGCUAAACUUCAAAGCAACGAUGUCCACACUCCUCAGCUCAACUCGGUUUUCUCACAACUGUCGAGAUGGUGUCAGAGUCGAUCUUGUCCGAAUUCAGGGUGAAUAGGAAGCUUUCCUGGUUGUGCUCCCCGGUCAAGGCAGUAUCCGUUUUGUGUAGCUCAAUUUUGUUAACCUUGCGUCGAGGAGAAGCCAAUGAUUGAUUGGACGACUGCCAUGCUGCAAGUUUACCUCCUUGCGUCGAGGAGAAGCCAAUGAUUGAUUGGACGACUGCCAUGCUGCAAGUUUACCUCAUGAAAACUGUUCACCAUCGGCGUCCUCACCAUGAACACCAUUGCACUCGAAUCGCAUGUUCGGACUCAAAACGCUUCCCUCAGUCCAUCAAGUUCAACUUCUAUCUCUCAUGUUUGAAGGUCUUGACAUCAAUCUUCUUGCCUCACGAUGUCAAGGACGAGACACACGGGGGCUACAGGCUGAUCCGCAUCGAGCGUCAGGUCCAAGGGCGGUGACUCGAACGUCCCUGAGCAUGGGGAAGGGAGAAACUC